AUGGACGACUCGGCCCCUGUGGCAGCAGUGCCGCCUUCUCAUACCCAGGUGAGGCUCCGAUUUAGCUCUAGAGACAUCGAUCUCGCGCUUCCUGAAUCCACUGGUCCGAUUCUCGUACCCACAGGGCUACGGAGAUAUGCUUUGUCCACUUUGGUUAACAACCUCCUUGCUACCGAAAAACCUGUCCCGCUUGAAUUCCUCAUAAACGGAACAUACCUGCGCACAUCCAUUGACGAGUAUCUUACCGCCAAUGGCAUAUCUGCAGAAACUACGCUCGACGUCGAAUAUGUGCGCGCGCUUAUUCCUCCUUUACACAUUGCAUCUUUUCUACAUGAUGACUGGGUGAGCUCUGUGGAUGUCAUAGGCAGCGAAGUGCCUGGGCAAGAACACAUCCUUUCAGCCAGCUAUGACGGGUUGUUGAGGGUCUGGAAUUUAUCGUCAGAGGUUAUCAAUACAAGUCCUUUGGCGAGGGAUGGUGGACACCAAGGUGCCAUCAAGUGUGCUAGAGUUUUAUCUCCGCAUCACAUCGUGUCUUCGGGAAUGGACAGGACUGUGAGACUGUGGAAAUAUCCAAGCGAGGGCAAAGGGUUGACACCACAGACUGAGUAUUAUGGUCAUAAGGCAAGCGUAGAUUCCAUAUCUGUUCGUGGAAACCGAAUUCUGUCAGCCUCUGCAGACAACGCUGUUGGAUUCUGGUCGACAAAAAAAUCCGAGUCACCCGCAGCACCCGCUAACCUACUACCUUCGAGCUCUGCGAGGUCUUCGAAACGGCGAAAGCUCAGCUCUUCUGCGAAUAUUUCACAGCGUGGACCAUUAGCAAUGCUCCACGCCCACACCGCGCCCGUUUCUGCUGCGGUUUUCGAUGCAAAGGAUUCAACAGUAGGCUAUUCUACUUCUUGGGAUCACUCUCUUCGCACCUGGGAUCUUGUUACCACGGCUCUUGUUGAUACCCGCACAACAUCCCACUCUCUGCUCUGCGUUGAGCAUCUUCCAGACCAUACUCUUUUAGCAGCGGGCUCGGCCGCAAGGCAUGUUACACUGGUGGACCCUCGAGUUUCGGCCACAACAAUUUCCGCAAUGACGCUCAGAGGCCAUAGCAAUGCCGUCGUAUGUCUUUCUAGAGAUCCGAACAGUACGUACGGUUUGAUUAGCGGGAGCCACGAUGGGACCUGUAGGAUAUGGGACAUUCGAUCUACUAAAGCCGACACAGACGGUAUGGUGGGUGAGAGUAUAUACACGAUAUCAAGAAAUAGCGCUGGGGAAGGUAAACGAGUGGGAGGCGAUGGGGUGAAAGUAUUUGAUGUAUGUUGGAAUAAGGCUAUCGGGAUUCUGAGCGUUGGUGAGGACAAAGCGAUCCAGAUCAAUCGCGGCGAAGGAGCGGUACUAGCGGCCGCUUAA